AUGGAAAAUCAAACCACAGUAACCGAAUUUAUUCUCCUGGGAAUUUACAGUGACCCACAGAUGCAGAUUUUCCUCUUCUCAGUGUUCUUAGUUAUUUACCUAAUCACUCUGAGUGGUAACAUAGUGAUCAUGGUGGUGAUAAGAGCUGAUUCUCACCUUCACACCCCUACGUACUUCUUCCUCUUCCAUUUAUCCUUUGUUGAUAUCUGCUAUUCCUCGGUCAUGAUACCUAACGUGCUGAGGAACUUCCUAGCAGAGCACAAAACUAUUUCGGUCAAUGGCUGCAUUGCUCAGAUAUUCUUCAUCCUCCUCUCAGCUGCUACUGAAGCUUUCAUUCUCUCAGCCAUUUCUUACGACCGCUACGCUGCCAUCUGUGACCCAUUGCAUUAUGUGGAGAGAAUAAGUAAAGGGAUCUGUGUUCAGCUGGUGAGUGGGGCAUGGGCAAUAGGCUUCUUCCAUGCCUUGCUUAAUACUAUUUUUGCCUCCAAGUUGUGUUUCUGUGGGCCCAAUGAAAUCAACCAUUUCAGCUGGGAACUCCCUCCUCUAUUACAACGAUCCUGCACUGACACCCUCACCAAUCAAGUGGUGCUUCUUACUUCUGUUGUGAUAUUUGGGUCAAGCUCCUUCCUCCUUACCCUGAUCUCCUACAUUCACAUCAUCUCCACCGUGCUGAGGAUACCCUCUGUGGAGGGCAGGCAUAAAGCCUUCUCCACCUGCAGCUCCCACUUGAUUGUGGUUGGCUUGUUGUACCUCGCAGGUUUUCUCCAGUACACAAAACCCAGGUCAGUCUCUUCUGUGGUGCUGGAUGAAAUAUUCUCCAUCCAGUACAGUGUCUUGAUCCCCAUGUUAAACCCCAUCAUCUACAGCCUGAAAAACAAGGAGGUGAAAAAAUCUUUAAGGAAAAUGUUGGGAAAAUUAAAGUUUCUCAAGCAAAGUUUCUCAAGUACUAAACAGACUGAGAUCUCUGCAAACCGAACUCUGAACCUUGUUUAA